AUGAUUCGCCGACCGGUCGUUCCGCAGCUCCUGCGCGCCGCUUCUUCGCUGCCGGCGGCCAGCAUCUCCAACACCGCACGCGUCAUCCCCCGGCCAUUCUCGACGUCAGCGCCUGUCCUGAACACUGCCAGCACGACGCUUCCUCCACGGAAGCCCGUGGGCGCUUUCAGAGGAGGACUGUUCGGCUUCCUCUUCGGUUCCGUCGUUGCCGGCGUGUCAGUGUACUACUAUAUUCUCGAGGAAUACAGGGUGUCGAAUGAGCAGUUGACGGAUGAUAUUUACGGCAUGCUUGUACAAUAUCACUCUGGAAACUGGUCGCGAAGUUGGGCAUUCUCAGCUGCGUUUUGA